GCGCAGCGGCGCGCUCACCUGUAGCAGGUGCUCAGAACCGGGAGCAGCGGGGAAGACAGCGGGUUCUGCGGGGGUGAUAAGAUGCUGCGGGAGCGGACGGUGCGGCUGCUGUACGGGAGCCGCGUGGAGGCGGUGUACGUGCUGGGCACGCACCUCUGGACCGAUGUCUACAGUGCAGCCCCUGCUGGGGCCAAAACCUUCAGCCUGAAGCACUCGGAGGGGGUGAAGGUGGAGGUGGUCCGUGAUGGGGAGGCCGAGGAGGUGGUCAGCAAUGGCAAGCAGCGCUGGGCCCUCUCGCCCAGCACCACAUUGCGGCUCAGCAUGGCCCAGGCCAGCACGGAGGCCAGCAGCGACAAGGUCACCGUCAACUACUAUGAUGAGGAGGGCAGCGCCCCCAUUGACCAGGCUGGGCUCUUCCUCACAGCCAUCGAGAUCUCGCUGGAUGUGGAUGCGGACCGGGAUGGCGAGGUGGAGAGGAACAACCCUAAGAAGGCAUCCUGGACCUGGGGGCCUGAGGGUCAGGGGGCCAUCCUGCUGGUGAACUGUGACCGAGACACACCCUGGUUGCCCAAGGAGGACUGUAGUGAUGAAAAGGUCUACAGCAAGCAAGACCUCAAGGACAUGUCUCAGAUGAUCCUGCGGACCAAAGGCCCUGACCGCCUGCCUGCCGGGUAUGAAAUAGUCCUCUACAUCUCCAUGUCGGACUCGGACAAAGUGGGCGUAUUCUACGUGGAGAACCCGUUCUUCGGCCAGCGCUACAUUCACAUCCUGGGCCGGCAGAAGCUCUACCACGUGGUGAAGUACACGGGUGGUUCUGCAGAGUUGCUGUUCUUCGUGGAAGGCCUCCGUUUCCCCGAUGAGAGCUUCUCAGGCCUGGUCUCCAUCCACGUCAGUCUGCUGGAGUACAUGGCAGAGGGCAUCCCACUGACACCCAUCUUCACAGACUCGGUGAUGUUCCGGAUUGCACCGUGGAUUAUGACCCCCAACAUUCUGCCUCCCGUCUCAGUGUUCGUGUGCUGCAUGAAGGACAAUUACCUGUUCCUAAAAGAGGUGAAGAACCUGGUGGAGAAGACCAACUGCGAACUGAAGGUCUGCUUCCAGUACAUGAAUCGCGGAGACCGCUGGAUCCAGGAUGAAAUCGAGUUUGGCUACAUUGAGGCACCCCACAAAGGCUUCCCAGUGGUGCUGGACUCCCCUCGAGAUGGAAAUCUGAAGGACUUCCCUAUUAAGCAGCUCCUGGGCCCAGAUUUCGGCUAUGUGACCCGGGAGCCCCUCUUUGAGAAUGUCACCAGCCUCGACUCCUUUGGGAAUCUGGAGGUCAGUCCCCCCGUGACGGUGAAUGGCAAGACAUACCCUCUUGGCCGGAUCCUCAUCGGGAGCAGUUUUCCUCUGUCUGGAGGCCGGAGGAUGACCAAGGUGGUACGUGACUUUCUGCAGGCCCAGCAGGUGCAGGCUCCCGUGGAGCUCUACUCCGACUGGCUGACUGUAGGUCACGUAGAUGAGUUUAUGACCUUCGUCCCCAUCCCAGGCAAAAAGGAAUUUCGGCUGCUCAUGGCCAGCACCUCAGCCUGCUACCAGCUCUUCCGAGAGAAGCAGAAGGAAGGCCAUGGGGAGGCCGUUAUGUUCAAGGGCCUGGGGGGAAUGAGCAGCAAACGCAUCACCAUCAACAAGAUCCUGUCCAACGAGAGCCUCACGCAGGAAAACCAGUACUUCCAGCGCUGCCUGGAUUGGAACCGUGACAUCCUCAAGAAGGAGCUGGCACUCACGGAGAGGGACAUCAUUGACCUGCCCGCUCUGUUUAAGAUGGAUGAAGACCGCCAGGCCAGGGCUUUCUUCCCUAACAUGGUGAACAUGAUUGUGCUGGACAAGGACCUGGGCAUCCCCAAGCCUUUCGGGCCCCAAAUAGAGGAGGAGUGCUGCCUGGAGACACAUGUUCGAAGCCUACUGGAGCCCCUGGGCCUUGCCUGCACUUUCAUUGACGACAUCUCUGCCUACCACAAGUUCCUGGGAGAGGUGCAUUGUGGCACCAACGUCCGCAGGAAGCCCUUCACCUUCAAGUGGUGGCACAUGGUGCCCUGACUGGCAGGGGCCCUGGCCCUCCCUCUUCCCCUGUAAUCUCCAGGUCCUUCCUGUGUCCCUAAGUCCUCUUGUGCCUUGCUGUCCCUGGAUAAGGGCCUCAGUGUCCACUGGAGUCACCCCCAGUAAGCCCAACCAUCCCCCUGGAAAUAGCUGGACUCAUGGCUAGUGUGCAGAGCUCUGGCAGGUAAAGCCAGACUUCAUGUAGUCAGACCGUUCCUCAAGAAUUCUCAGCCUCUGUUCUAGAUCAGAAUGAAGGGAGAAAGAAAGGAGGGUCUGAGGUCACUGGGUCUUCCAGCACCAUUCUCUGAUAAUCAAGGUAGACCGCGGGGCCAGGGUCCUGGUGGACCUUGGACAGCACCAUCAUCUCGCAUUCGCCUCCCUCCAACCAUUCAUUCCUCAUUCACCCUCUCCCGGCUUCCUGGACACAGUCCCCACUCCCUGAGGGUCCAAUCGUUCUGCUUAGAAUCUUACGGAAAUAGAUAUUAGCUGAAGAGAGUUCUUCACCCGCUGUGGAUACAGGCUGCCCAAAUUUGGGGAGCUGUAGUGAUAGAUUGUAUACCCCAAUAAACUUGCAUGGGGAUCGGAGGACAGAGCCAGCCACUAGAUUAGACAUACAGGCCAGACAGU